UCUGCUCCCUAGAUGUUGGAACUUCGUUUUCCUGCAGCGAUGGACUUUAUUCUAAGUCGAGGCCCGGUUGUAUGCAGGAUGAGGUUAUUUGUUCUUCAAUCUCUCGUUCUCGAAUGUAAAAUAUAUUUUCCUGUACACGUCGCAAGGUUAUAAGUACAACCCCACAAAUCGUUACCACAUUCAAAGCGCCAAAAGAAGGGGUGGAAGGUGAUAUGUCUGCGUCAACAACUGGGGUCGUACGGCUGCAAUCAAGGAAAAGGGCUGAGAUGUUUUUUGUCCGCACGGAUGAAUACUCGUGCACGUGGCAAGAAAUUGACAUUGGCCUCCACUCACCCUAUCACCGAGCAACAAAUGCUCAUGUGGAAAACUCCUCCGAGGAUCGGCCUAAUUCUGAAAAACCUGGGGUACGAGCUUUUACCAGCUUUUCGGCAGGUGACAACUUUUCUCCAUCAUCAAGAAGGCAUGAAUGUCAUCCGAUCGUGGAACCUGAAGUUCACGAUCGUCUCGCUAGUGAACUUCAUGAGAAGUGGAUUUCGUCGUGUGCCUGGGAGGAUGGAGAAAUCUUGCACGCUUUAAAUUUUGUUUCGAAGCGCUGUGCCACCUGUGGUCUCCUUCAACCUUGGCUCACUAGGCCUUUUGACUGCUCACCCUGUAUGUGUAAAUUCCGUACAUCUUUCUUUAGCAUUCAUGGUUCGACAAUGACUGCCUUAGAUUUCCGAUGAACUCAGAUGACUUUUCAGAGCGUUGUUCAUGAGUGCGUUCUGAAUGAUUCAGAACACACUCAUAAACAACGCAAAAAUCAAGAGCUUAUGAUUCAGACUGAAUCAUAAGCUUUUGUCAUGCAGUUGCCUAGAUGAGUUUUGGGCAACUGAAUGACAACUUUUUGAAAACUUCUCUAAAUUUAAGAUUUUAUAUGUGAGGACUAUGCGUGUGACUUCGCAGUCGU